CUAUGGUAUCUCGGUAGGGUUCUCAUCCAGGGAUCUCCUUCUCCAGGGUGUCUAUCGCCUAGAACAGAGUGAACGGUGGCUCGGAUUGUAGAGUUGUAUGUAUGUAUCCGAGUUUCCAGCAGCGAUUAUGUGCAAUAUAGACGCAGAAACAUCUACACAGGAGCAUAGUGUACUACAUACAUAGUAGUACACACCAUGAUUGCAUCAUUUUAGUCGCCUAGCACGAAAACACUUACCCCGCUUUUAUCUGACCCGAGUACAGGGUUGUUCCUCUGAUCAAGCAUAUUGUACAUGUACAUACCCCUCUAGAAGAUAAAGCUGCUAUUACACGGACCUCCAGCUUCAGAUCAAUAUCACGCACGCCCAUUAUGACAUCCCAGAACAAUGAACGAUUUAACGCCGAGGCAGCGACAUGGGAUAACCGGCCAGGGGUUGAAGAAUCGAACCAACACGUCUGGACGACGAUCCAGGCGGCGGUCCCUGAUCUAAUGAGUGCGAAGAGAAGCAUCGAUGUUCUCGAGCUCGGCUGCGGAACGGGAGGCCUCUCCCUGCUUGUUGCGCCGACAGUGCGCUCCCUUGUGGCUAUCGAUGCUGCACCAGGCAUGAUUGAGAGAUUGAAAAAGAAGCUCGAAACAUCGGACGCCAAGGGCAGCAGUACCCAAACCAUCCAUCCGUUGUGUCUGGUCCUGCAGGACCCGGAAGACUCGCGUCUGCCACCGCAUUCAGCGGAUGACCCGGCCGGACCACGAAGAAAGUACGAUCUGAUCCUCAGCCAUCUGAUGCUGCACCAUAUCCCCGAUCUCAGCCAGCUGCUUCGGACCAUGCACGGGUGUCUCAAACCGGGCGGCUGGAUUGUGUUGACGGAUUUCGAGGACUUUGGCCCCGAAGCCCGUAAGUACCACCCGGCGUCGAAGCUGGAGGGCGUCGAGCGACACGGUAUCCAGCGCGAGUCUUUCCGCCUCCUCAUGCAGGAGACGGACUUCGUCGACGUCGAGGUGACGCCUGCGUGGACUUUCACGAAGAAGGUGGAGCGGUAUCCGGGCGAGUGGGAGGAGAAGCCGGACGUCGAGCGGGAGACAAUGGACUUUCCUUUUCUUCUGUGCAAAGGGCGGAAACGUGACCUGCCUUGAUAGAUACCUCAGGCUCAAGUCAUAUGAUCUAAUACGGAGUACUGAGUACUGAGUGCUCAGUAGGAGCAUAGCUAUUAUGUACCUCUAUGAACAUAAAUAGGUGCAUAAAGAGGUACAUAUAUACAUAACUAGCUGGUAGAUCUCAGUUAGGCACUCAAAAUCAAUGGACUAAAUCAUAAAGUACUAUUUUCUGCUAUUGAAGUACUCAUAGAAUAUCAUCUCAAUGU